AUGCCUUCAUCAUCAUCAUCAUCAUCUUCACCAUCAAGUGAAGAUGAGAAUCAGACUCCUACAGCACCUUAUGCACGAUUAAAUUCAAAUCAAUCAUUGUCACAAGUAGAUGGACAUGAUAUUGAAGGUAAUAGUCUAUUAGGUAGUGAUCUCGUGGAUGUUCAAGUCGUGGAUGUCGUGGAAGGUGACGAGAGUGAAUGUAUUUCGAACACGAAGAAGAAUAUAAAGUUUCAGAAUGUCGAACAGGACACGUAUCGAAUUAUUUACUUAAAUGAUCCGGACACCAAUGGUACAUUGGGCUAUUGUAGUAAUUUGGUCAUUACAAGUCGUUUUACCGUGUACAAUUUUCUACCAAAAUUGUUAUUUUAUGAAUUUAGUAAACUUGCCAAUGCUUAUUUUCUAAUUAUUUCAAUUUUGCAGACGAUUAAACCAAUUUCAAAUACCGGUGGUUUUCCAGCUUCGUUACCAGCUUUAUCCAUUAUUGUCUUGAUUGACAUGUUUUUUGCAUGUAUGGAAGAUUAUAAACGACAUCAAGCGGAUGAAAUUGCAAAUAAUCUCAUGUGUCAGAAAUAUAAUGGAAAAUUACGUCGGUUUGAAUUGACCAAGUGGCAUUUCUUACAAGUCGGUGAUGUGGUGAAAAUUGGAAAUCGAGAUCCAGUACCAGCGGAUUUAAUUAUUCUAGGAGCCUGUGAACCCGAUCCGACAAAUCCAGUGGGGAUUUGCUAUGUUGAAACAAAAUCAUUGGAUGGCGAAACCAAUUUGAAACUUCGACAGGGACUUGAAGCAACGUAUACAGUGUUAUUGGAUGAUACUGCCGUGGGCGAUUUAAAAGGAACGGUCGUGUGUGAGAUGCCAAAUAAUUCAAUCCAUCGGUUUAGUGGAUCCAUGACGUUAGAAGGAGGAAAGAAAGAGGUGAUUACGACCAAUGCAAUUGUCCUGCGAGGCUCGACGUUACGUAAUACCGAGUAUAUUUACGGUCUUGUGGUAAAUACUGGUCCUGACACUAAAAUUAUGAUGGCAUCGUCAUCCGAACCAAUGAAGUGGAGCAAUAUGGAAAGAUGCCUUAACAGACAAAUUCUCUACAUUUGUAUGCUCAUGGUGGUGCUGUGUCUUGCAGGCACUAUUUUGUCAACGGCUUGGAAUAGUAAAAACCUCGAUCAGGAGCCGCACAAGGGGGCGUGGUAUUUGUAUGAUGGAAACUCGGUGUCUGUCACGUCACCCGUUGGAAAUUUCUUUAUUAUGGUACUGUACUACUUUUUGUUGCUAAACUCGUUCAUUCCCGUGUCGUUGUACGUGAGUAUGACAUCGGUAAAAUUUAUGCAGUCGUAUUUUAUGAACAACGAUCUGGAGAUGUACCAUGAGGAAACUGACACGCCGUGCCAGGUACGCACGAUGUCUUUGAAUGAAGAACUUGGUCAGAUUGACUAUAUCUUUUCGGACAAGACGGGCACACUGACGUGCAACGUUAUGGAGUUCCGUAAGUGCUCUAUUAAUGGGGUGGCGUAUGGACUUGGUGAGACAGAGAUAGGCAUUGCGGCGAGAAAACGUCGGCAGGAAGAAGGACCAUCAACGUCCUCGUUUUUUGCUGUGACUCCUGGUGGUGGUUCCGCAGUUUCAUCUCGGAAAAAUGGUGUUGAUAAUAUUGCAUUAGACUCGAACAGCAUUACAAUCGAUCGUGUGGUGAAAGCACCGUUCGUGAGCUACCAAGACGAUUCGCUCUUUGAUGCAAUGGCACAAAAGGAUAGUGUCCAGGCGAAGGCCAUUGAGUCAUUUUUCGAGCACCUGGCAGUAUGCCACACAGUGAUGCCAGAGAAGGCCCCAGAUAAUAGCUUGCGCUUGAGUGCAUCUUCUCCUGAUGAGCAAGCGUUAGUUGCUGCGGCUGCUUGCUUUGGUUUUAAAUUUGUGGCACGUGGACCUGGCAAGGCGAUGGUGGAGUAUUUUUCUUGUAUUGACCAUCCAGAGAGAAUGACCUGUAAUCAGCCCGUUGCAGAACACUCUGUAGAGACUUAUGAGAUUCUCGAGGUUCUCGAAUUUAAUAGCACGCGCAAACGUAUGUCCGUUAUCCUCAAAGGGCCAAGCGGAGAUUUGAAGCUUUUGUGUAAGGGAGCAGAUACUGUCAUGUACGAACGCCUGAGACCAACCAAUGACGCGGCUAUCAAGCAUACGCGUAAUUUGACGCUACAACACAUGGAGCAGUUUGCGUCUGAGGGAUUGCGAACUUUAGUGAUUGGUUCCACGGACAUUGAUUCGCGUUUUUUAGAGUCGUGGAUAAUCAAAUAUCGUACAGCAAUUAACGAUAUGCGUCAGAUUGAUCUGCGUCGCAAUGGCGAGGAAAACGACAUUGACCGGCUGAUGGAGGAAAUUGAGGUUAAUUUGGACAUUUUGGGUGCUACAGCUAUAGAGGAUCGAUUGCAAGCUGACGUUCCCGACACUAUUUACAAGUUGCGGCAGGCAUCGAUCAAAAUAUGGAUGCUUACUGGUGACAAGGAAGAGACGGCAAUCAAUAUUGGCUUUGCUUGCCGGUUAUUGGCUUCAGAUAUUGAACGAAUCGUAAUUUCAGCGGAUACGCAUGCUGACUUGGCUGCUAUUAAGGAUGAGCUGGAAUUGUAUGCCCACAAGGAUGACAGCGAAGAUACAACAGCGUCAACAUGUGGUGCGCCGAGUGCCUUUUCGGUUCAUUCAGAGGCACAAACUAGCUCGGUCUUGCUCAGAAGUCAGCACAAAAGGCUGACUCGUAUCGAGAGUAUGGCCGAGCGACCUCAGCAGGACUUGGCUUUGAUAAUUGAUGGUGAAACACUAGAGUUGGCGCUGGAAGAGUGUCCUGAGCUAUUAUUGCAGGUAGCGGAGAAGUGUGUGGUCGUGAUUGCUUGCCGUGUAUCGCCUGCUCAGAAAGCGCAGCUCGUACGACUGGUUCGUGACAACAAUCCGAAAAUCCGAACGUUAGCUAUCGGUGAUGGUGCUAAUGAUGUAUCGAUGAUUCAAGCGGCGCACGUCGGUAUUGGCAUUUCUGGCCAGGAAGGUAUGCAAGCAGCCAACUCGUCGGACUAUGCCAUUGCUCAAUUUAGGUUUCUCUCGCGAUUGUUACUUGUUUAUGGACGCUGGAACUACGUCCGCAUGGGCAAGCUUAUCCUGUACAUCUUUUACAAGAACGUGAUACUGAACCUGACGCAAUUUUGGUACAUGAUCUACACCGGCUAUUCAGGGCAGAAGUUCUAUCUUGAAUGGGGACUGCAGGGAUACAAUUUGCUCUUUACAUCUUUGCCAAUCAUUCUGGUUAGUACUUUUGAGCAGGAUGUUCCAGCGUUUCUGGCGCACAACUACCCAUUGCUUUACCGAAUUGGUCAGGAGAACACGAGGUUUAACACAAAGGUCGUGUGGGCUUGGAUGUCAUCGUGUGUGUGGGAGUCGCUUGUUAUCUGUUUUGGCGUUGUAUACGGCAUGCAAUACUUGGUGGUGAAUGGUGAUACUCCAACAAUGUGGGUUUACGGAUGCACUUCGUUCACAAUCGUUCUGAUUGUGGUGACACUGAAGUUAUGUUUGCACCAGCAGAUGUGGUGGCCUAUUCACAUUGCCAUCUACGUCGUCUCGUUCUUGCUCUGGAUCGCUACGGCAGCCUUUAUUUCGAGUGGUGAUUCCGUGGCCUCGUCGUAUUGGAGUGCGGUUUUCACGCACACGUUCCGCGUUGAUGCGUUUUGGCUGGUGGUUCCGUUGCUCGUCGUUACCUCUUUGUCACGCGACUUUACAUGGAAGGGCUAUAUGCGGACGGCCAGACCGUCGUAUAAGCACUUGGCGCAGGAAGUGAACGCGUAUGGACUGACGCAUAUUGCCGACCAGUUGCUGACGUUCCCGCCUGCAGAAAAGAUUCCUGAGGAUGUAGUUGGUGGCGAGACUGGCCGCGUUGCAACAGGGUCUGUGUUGACAUCGAGUAUGCAGGACGUAAGCGUCGCCAAACCGAUUGCUCCUGCUGUGGUGAUGUCUUCUCAACCGCUAGUUGGCCGCCGUUCAGCGACAAGAGGUAGUGCUUUUAGCUACGACGCAGAGAGUGUCAUGGUAGAGUCUUUCAUGUCAACAGAUAGAUUUAUCCGGAAUGUGAAAAAGACGAGGUCUAUCUUUGGUCGCCACGGGAGUCGCGGCUCGUUGGCCUUCCAUAGCCUGUCGCUAGAGUCAGACACUGACCAACAUGUAGAGGAAAAUGACAUGGAGCAUGCAGAUGCGUCUCAUUCGCUACGGCAAUCGGCAGGCAACGUUUUCCAUGGUGCACGCCAUGGUCAAGGUCGAAGGCGUUUCUUUUCUAUUGCUGGCGUACCACGCAGCUCGGAUGCAAACAUGAUGGCCUCAGGCCAACGUGGACGCAGUCGACUUUCAAUCGAUAGGUUAUCCGGUGUACGCGAAUUUGGUACUGGCAGCACAAGUCGCCCUCCAGCAGUCAACCGGGCUAGCGGCUUUGAAAACCGUACCAUGUCGAACGAUGACGCUCACGAUCUUGUCCGGAGGCACAGUUCUGCCCUGCUGCGUUAUCCUCUUGUUCGACGGCAUCAAGGACGUAGUAUGGUGUCAACUUGUGAAGAAGAAAAAUGA